AUGGCGAACGCUAAUUGUAUCAUCUUGGCUCUUUCUUUGGUUGCUCUCUUAUCAUUGCACCACGUUGAAGCUCGGCCAAGCCCCAGCGCCGCUCCCACUGCUCCUGAUCAUCUUACUUCAUCCAGAGGUGCAGUUCCUCCUGCUCUUAAAGCCGUCUGUUACAAAACUGAAUUCCCAAACGUAUGCAUCAGCAAAAUAUCUCCUUUAAUCGGCCUGACCCAAAAAACGAAUCCGACUUUAAUCCUGCAUUUGGGUUUGAAAGCCCUCGCUAGAGAAACCCACAAGGCCAUUAACCAAACCAAAACGCUCUUCAAUGACCCCAACACUAAGCCAGAAAUCGCAGACUGUCUGAUGGUUUGCUUAGAAAGUUAUGACGAUGUCCUUCAAAACAAUGACAAAGCCAUUCCUUUUAUUCCCGGCAAGGAUGUUGGCCAAUUGGAAGCCCCACUCGACGCCACCAUUACAAUGAUCAACGACUGUAACGAUGCUUUCACUGAGUUAACCACGGAGGAGUCGCCAUUGAAGAAAAUCAAUCAGAAUUUGUUAGCGAUAGCCAAGAACAACGUCGGCAUUUGGAAUGCCUUGACAGCUUAA